AAAACAUCAUUGACAGCCCUGUGACAGGAAGUACUACCGUAGAUUUCAAAGGUUAAUUAUGCCUGACAGUUUGUUUCUAAAAGUUUAACGCUGGCAUCGUGUUGAUAUAUGAUCGAAAGAGAAGGAAGAAAAGUUCAUAAUUGCUUGUGUGGGAUAAUGAAACGCUGUCUUAUAUAUGCGAAUUGCGGGGAAAUAAUUAAUGGAGGGCCAGUCCGGGCAGAUGUUUUACUACACACAUAAUAGCAUUAUAAUCAUACGUCGCUAAUAUAUACUUCAUCAUAAUCUGGAUAAUAUAUCUUUGAAAGAAAGAGGAACACUGACUUGUCUAUCGCUAGUGCGCGGGACUUAUUACAAGACUGUUUUUAAUCUCACACUGAAAUGAUUGUUGUUACAUUGUCACUCAUUUUGUUGCUUUUGAAAGACAUUGGAUAUGUUACUUAUACAUUUGACAGGCAUGAACUGAACAAUGGGGAAAGUGUAACUCCGUUAUCAGAAGCGGAUUUAAAGCUUUUCCAUCAUUCAGGCAAACUCGGAGAACAAGGGAAGAUAUUACAUGGAGAAAUUGAUGAACUUGAUUAUUUCCCCAAUGGAAAGGAUUUUUAUGAAAACUUUGUCCGCAAACGGAGGCCCCUCAUCAUCCGCGGUGCUUGCAAGCAAUGGCCAGCAUUUGAAUACUGGAAAAAUGAAACGUAUAUGAGAUCGAAAUAUGGUGAUGUGCUAUUUGAGGUAGAUUUCACCAAACGAUAUGAACGCAAGCCUCCAAUAAAGAAAACUAUAACACUGAAUGAGUUUUUUGAUAUUUAUAAGACCCAAGAGGUGUAUCUUGAUAGUGCAUUUCCUCAAAGUAAUUUAACGAAGGAUAUUGCAGUUCCAUUCUGUUUACAAUGUGAAGAGAUAAUGACGAAAAUUAGUAGCAUCCAUUUGCUGUACAGUAAUGGUGGAACAAGUUAUGUAUUACAUCAGGAUGGCUAUGAAAAUAUUCUGACAGUUUUGUCUGGAAAAAAGGUUCUGUUGAUUGCAAAUACAUCAUACAGCGCAAGACUUCAUGCAGACGAGUAUAUCACGGUUCCAGGGCUGUCUCCUAUUGAUCCUGAGAAUGUGGACCUCGUCAAAUAUCCGGGUGUGGCUGGUGUAGCUUUUCAUGAGGUUACUCUUGAAGCUGGCGAUGCUCUUUACAACCCACAGUUAUGGUGGCAUCAAGUUAGGUCAUAUGAUUCUCCCAAUAUUGGAAUCAGCUUAUGGUUUUCACAAUUUUCAACAGAAUGCAGUAACUCAUCUGAAGAGUUUAAAAUGGAGGAGGUUGUUAGGCAUGCUGAAUUAUUUGAGGAGUGCGUAAAAGAGUAUCCAGAGACUAUCGCAUGCAGGAAUCAAAAUCAGCCACUGGGAAGAUAUUAUUGGCCAGAUGAAAGCAAAUGGGAUAUGCCAUCGUUAGAAAAAUAUAAAAUGGGAGUAAAGAAACUAAAGAUGCUAUCAGGUUAUGAAAUUCCUCUCUUGGGAUUUGGAACUGGUUUCCUAACAGAUGAAGCAAAGGUAUCUACGCUGACGGCAUUAAAGUCUGGAUACAGGUUAUUUGAUACAGCUGUAGCUUACAAGAAUGAAGAAGCAAUUGGAGAAGCAAUAGAAAUUAGUGGUAUACCUAGAGAGGAAAUCAUAAUUGUGGAUAAGAUACAUCCUAAAGAUUUUCAUAAAGCUGGUGCUACCAUACAGUCGGUUGAACAAUCUCUUGAAAAACUUAGGGUGAGCUACAUUGAUGUGAUGUUACUCCACGCAAUGGAAUGUGAGGAAGAUGGCCGUUUGUCUUGCAACGGGGCAGCAGAAUCAUCUACUAGAACAUGGGAAGAUGCGUGGUUUGAACUGGAGAAUGCUGUUGAUCAAGGUAAAGUGCGGAGUAUUGGAGUUAGUAAUUUUGAAGUGAGUGAUCUUUUGCGACUAUUGGAGAUCUCUCGUCACAAACCAUCCGUAGUACAAAACCUGUUUGACCCGUUUAUACAAGACAUUGAAACGAGGCAGUUUUGCCAAGAUCAUGGCAUUGCAUACAUGGGAUAUAGCACUCUAGGCCGCUCCUGGUCAGACAUUGGUCUGCCAUACAACCCAGUGUUGGAGAACCAAGUGUUAUCCAGCAUCGCCGCACGUUACGACGCCUCAGUUGCGCAGGUCGUGAUACGUUGGGCCUUGUGGGAAAAUGUGAUCGUGGUACCACGUUCAAGCAAUGCCAAACACAUCGCGUUGAACUUUGCUGCGCAGUACGUGCCUCUAAACGCCGAUGAUGUCAGCACGAUACGUGACUUACAAGGACAGAUCGAUGAAGAUGAGCUAACUGAAGCUAUUGAGAAAUCUCAAUCCCAAGACAAGACCAAGGCUGCUGCAAAGGCAGAGAUCAUUGACAACCCGUCUGUUGUGGUAGAACGUGCUGUCGACCUUGAAAAUGAUGUUGCUAUAUAUUUCGGUUCGGACGAUCACUGGAUGUACGCUUUAGAUGGGAAUAAUGGUUCCCUACUUUGGAAACAUCAAACUGCUGACGAGACUGGCUCGGUUUGUUUGGUAAACGGGUCAGUGGUAUACUGUGGAGCGGAUGACGAAUACAUGAGAGCAUUUCAUGCAACUAAUGGUUCCCUUAUAUGGAAAUUUCGCGUCGGUGGUCCUAUUACCUCGUCGGUCAGAUUAAGCGACUCUGGAAAUUUGUACUUCGGUUGCCUUGACAGCCACAUGUAUUGCGUCAGCUCCUCUGGUGACUUGAUUUGGCAAGCAGAUAUUGGGUUUCCUGUGUGGGCCACGCCCGCUUUGGCGUCUGGAGGAAAACUUGUAUUUACCGGAGGGCUCGCUGAAAAGCCUGGCACGGGUCUGGUUUACGCGCUUGAUGGGGAGACUGGAAAGACUGUCUGGUCAUCUUUGAUUGGUGGAAUCUUCGCCUCUGCGGCUAUCGACGAAAAACGUAAUAUAGUCGUGUUUUGUACCGUCCAAGCAACAUGCCAUGGGAUACGUUUGGAUAAUGGAGAGCAAUUGUGGCAAAUAGAAGUACAGUCGGAGGUAUACUCGUCCCCUUCUAUCCAUAGAGCAUCUGGAAUCAUGUAUGUCGCUUGUCUUGAAGGAACACUGUACAGCAUUAACAUUGAGAGCGGUCGUAUACAAUGGAAAAAGUCUGUGUUCAUCCCAGAAGUUCGAUCAUCACCGCUGGUCUUGGACGACGGGCGCAUGUUUCUUGCAACAGGAGGUGGUAUGGUACUUCAUAUGAACUCUGAUAACGGUGAUAUCAUUUGGUCCAAAAAUAUCGAUGAAUCAGAAAUAUUCUCCUCGCCGAGGCUGGCUACAAACGGUUUGCUAUACGUGGGUUCAAUCCGGGGGGAAAUGGUCGCAUUACGUGCCACAACGGGGGAGGUCGAAUGGAGUUUCAAGACGGAAGGAGCCGUGGUUGCUACUGUGAGAAUCAGCGGCAACGAUGUUGUCUACAACGCGCCCAGGCAACAGUUCAACGAAUAAAAAUAUUGAAUUCUAAAAACUUUACCUAAUAUAUUUUAGUCUAGAAUACGCUCCCAUACUAGUUCACGAUGCCUUUACAAGAUCCUUAGAAUCAAAAUAUACCUUCAACAAGAACGAGAUACGACAAGAAAUUCUUAUGUUUUUCGACAAAAAGAUGAUGUCCAUGAUUAUCUUUGACUAUAGCUUCUUUAAGUAUCGAAUCUAGCAUGGCAAUUGCCUGAAAUAUACAAGAAAAAAUCCCGAUUCGACCUACAAGGGCUUUCGUCAAUACUUCUGAACUAUAUAAAUAUAUAUUUGAUGACAAUGCAAAUAUUUGAAAUGGAUAUUGCUACUAUCUGUUUUAAAAAAGUAAUUCUGUAUUCACAGUUUGCUCUAUAAAAUUUUUUGGUGCAUGUUUCAGGAAAAAAAUAAUUGAUGCUUACAUCUAGAUGUAUACGAAAU